AUGUGCUCGGUGAGCGAGGCCAGCAGCACGGACCCCUUGGUGCUCCGCUUCAAGCAGGUGGAGGAGACGCUGGAGAAGCUGCACCGCGAGAACCGCAGCCUGAAGAGCAAAGUGCCGCGCUACAACGCGCUCUGCACGCUCUACCACGAGUCGGCCCAGCAGCUGAAGCAGCUGCAGCUGCAGCUGGCCGCCAAGGAGGCCACGAUCCGCGAGCUGAGGAGCGGCGCGGCCCGGCAGCCGGGCGAGGCGGCGGCGGCCGAGCCCGCGCGCUCGCUCGUCGAGAGCCUCGUGGAGCAGCUGGGCCAGGCGCGGCAGCAGCUCCGCGAGAGCGAGCGGCGCGCGGCGCAGCGCGAGGACGCCCUGCGGCAGGAAGUGCAGCAGUUAAAUCAGCAACUAGAGGAGAAAAACGGAGAGAUCCAGCAGAUGAUAAAUCAGCCUCCGUAUGAAAAGGAGAGGGAAAUCUUACGGCUCCAGAAGAGCUUGGCGGAGAGGGAGAAGGCACAGGCCACGAGCGAGGUCCUGUGCCGGUCACUCACGGACGAGGCGCAGCAGCUUCAGCGCAGGCUGGCAUCCACAGCAGAGAUGUGCCAGCACCUGGCAAGGCGCCUGGAAGAGAAGCAAAGAAGAGAGAAGAGGGAUUCGGGUGAUCCGAUGCCCGCUGAAAGAUCUAGUCAGCUGUUAAACGACGAAACUUCACUUCAAGCCCUUAUCGCCAAACUACAAGAUGAAAACAGGAUGUUAAAACACAAAGUGGCUCACGUGGAAGACUUAAAUGCCAAAUGGCAGAAAUACGAUGCCAGCAGGGACGAGUAUGUGAAGCGACUGCACGUGCAGCUGAAGGACCUGAAGUCGCAGCUGGAGCACCAGCAGGGCCUCACGUCCACGCACACGAGCACCGAGCGGAUGCAGAAGGAGAUAGUGCGGCUCAACAAGCUCCUGGAGGAGAAAAUGAAUGAGUGUGUAAAAGCAAAGAAAGAAUUAGAGGAUGUGAAGAAGGCUAGCGAAGGAGACAACGAGCGCAUACAGAUGCUGGAGCAACAGGUCCUAGUUUAUAAAGAUGAUUUUACAUCUGAGAGAUCAGACAGAGAGCGAGCACAGACUAAAAUACAAGAGCUUAAAGCAGAAGUUGCUUGUCUGCAACACCAGCUAACGAGAAGACAGGACUCAAGAGACACAACUAGUAAUUUCCGAGUUCACCUUGGCAACCAUAAGCACCUGCACGUCCAGACCAAUGUGGAACAUCCACGAGGCAGCAGCCCAGGCAAGAGGAGAGCAGCCUCUCAGUCGGAGCCAGCUUCUCCGCUGGCCAACGAUGGGAAUGCAGGCUCUGAGGACAGAGCGCAGGGUGAACUUCGGUGUCCUCAUUGCAUGAGGUUCUUCAGCGAUGAACUCAGUGAGGAAUUCCUCAAGCACGUUGCUGAGUGUUGCCAGUGACCAGUGUUGCCAGUGAUGGAUGGGAGGAGUGCAACUUAAUCACUACUUUCUACAAAGUAAAACUUGGCUCUAUCCAUACCUCCUGCAGUCCUAAAACUGCCAUUCAAAUGGACAAUGCCCAGGAAGCGGUAUCUACCUCUUACUCCAUUUCACUUUCUCUUGGACUGUAUGACAGACUUCAAGAUAAAGCAAACUUUCAUGAAGAUAUAUAUAUAAUAUAUAUUUUUAACAACUACAAAGAGCAAAGCAAACAUAAUGCCAAUUGUGCGACAAAUCAAAGAAGAAACUUAGCAUCAGUGCAGGUCUAAUUCUUUGAAGCAGUCUGAAAACUUGUGAAAAUCACUGAGCUUCAACUAUCAUUCCUUUUUCAAAGAUGGAAAGAUGCUGCCUGAAGAAUUGGGGAGGAGGAACAAUUUGGCAAUAGGUAGCAGGAAAAAAUACUUUGCUUUAUCUAAAUUAAAAUUGAACACUUGAAUAUCUAAAAACCCUUUUCAAUUGAAAAUGGGAGAAGUGAGAGAAAUACAAAUGAGUCAUUUAUUACCUAAAACUACCUUAUCUUUUUGCACAGAAACUAUGCACAGG